UGCUGCUCUACUGCCUCAUCUUCUGGGUGACCCGGUGUGGUGCUGCUGUCGGUGGGGUUGUGGUGGAGCUUCAUGUUGGGUCCGUACGCGCUGCUCAUCUCCACCGGCCAAUCAAACGCUCCGUACGUCCUCAGCGCCACGGGCGCCAUCGUGCUGUUCGGGCUGUUCGGCUGCUUCGCCGCCUGCAAGGGGCACGUCUGGAUGCUGAAGUUGUACGCUGUGUUUCUGUCGCUGGUCUUCAUAACAGAACUCAUCGCUGGAAUCUCAGGAUUUGUCUUUCGCCACGAGAUUAAAAGGACAUUCCUCACCACCUACAGCGAGGCAGUGAUGAGAUACGACGGGCGAGACGACCUCAGUCUCGCCGUGGACGGUGUCCAACGCAAAUUGCACUGCUGUGGAGUUUAUAACUACACCAGUUGGCUCAGCAGUGUGUAUUUCCCCGCUAGCGGGAUUCCCGCCAGCUGCUGCGUUAGCUUCUCCGACUGCAGCGCUGCUGACCUGAGGAACGCCACUCUGGCUGCACGCAAAGUCCACAAACAGGGUUGUUAUGAGCUGGUGAUGUCCUUUAUAGACGGCAACAUGGGAAUCAUCGCUGGUGUUACCUUCGCAAUUGCCUUCUCUCAGCUGAUCGGUGUGUCUCUGGCCUGCUGUCUGUCUCGCUUCAUCAACGCCAACCAGUACGAGAUGGUGUGACAGUUCCCUCUCUCCUUCUUUCCUUCCUUCCUUCCUUCC